UUCUGGCUUCCCCUCCCCUUCUCUCCCGCCUUCUUCUUCUUUGCCGAAGUGCCUCAGCUCUGAUUGGUCAGAGCGUGGUGCGCUCUCAACCAAUCAUAAGCCAAACUGGGCUCCUACGGUACCAAGAGAGCGAAUCCUGGGGAGAGUACCCCUAGGAUUGGUCCCUCCGUGAGAAGGAUUUAAUUUUGAAUUUUUCUUUAAACCGUGAAGAGGCCGCUAUCCGGACCCCAUCUAAUCGCCAGGCUCUUAAACCAGCCCACGUCUGCGACCAUCUUCCCGGACGCUACCCCUACAAACAUCACCAGCACGGUUGAUCCCAUCGCCCCCAGACUCUCGGUUUCUCCACAGAAAUCAUGCCCAAGUUCAAACAACGAAGAAGAAAGCUAAAAGCUAAAGCCAAGAGAUUAGUCAAAAGAAAAGAAGCCUCUCGAUUCCAAUCUAAACUACUUACACCUCCUCCUCCACCACCCUCACCAGAAAGAACAGUUAUUUCUUCAGUAGAUCUGCCCGACAGCACAAACUGGCUAAGACCAUCGAGGAACUUCAGAUUUCCCAACAUCAAAGAAGUGAUAAAAUGUUGGACAAAUAGAGUGUGGUCAGUGUACAACUGGUGCCAGAGCUGUGCAGUGCAGAGUUUAGAAGUAUUGAAAGAUAGCAUCUUUCCAUCCCGAAGCUUCCAACAAGAACUUCAUAAUCUAAAACAACAAGUUUGCAUUUUGGAAAGUGAUUUUUGCAAGCUCCAGGAAACACUGAAGACCAUCAAGGAAAAGUCCUGUCCAAGCUGUGGUCAACAGCGUCCCACAACUGGUAAAGUUACAAACGUGCCUGCCUGUGCUCUCACCAGCCCUGGAGACUCAAAACAUUCAAUAUGUGCAGGCUUUUAUAUUGAUGACUGUAGGGCUAAACCAUUAAGAAAAGAUGGACCCAUGCAGAUAACAGUUAAAGAUCUACUGACUGUGAAAUUAAGGAAGAUACAGUGUACCGAUGAAAAGAGGAAGCUUAUACCAUCACCAAAGGCACGGAAUCCACUGUUUACUGUCUCUGACCUGCAGCGUGUUACCCUGAAACCUAACUCCAAAGUGUUGUCAACACGAGUUACAAAUGUCUUAAUUACUCCAGGUAAAAGCCAGGUAGAUCUUCGGAAGCUUCUAAGGAAGGUUGACGUGGAGAGGAGCCCAGGGGGAACUCCUCUGGUCAAUAAGGAAAAUAUGGAAACAGGAACUGGCCUUACCCCUGUAAUGACCCGGGCUUUGAGGAAAAAAUUUCAGCUGGCUCACCCUAUAAGCCCAACUCAAACUCUGCCACUUUCUACAAGCAGCUUCGAUGAACAAAACUGAUGCCAACUGAUGUCGACUCUCCAUCUGAUGAUCUAUCCAAUGUACAGAUAAAAUCACCCACAUCUUUUCUUAACAUACAAUGUGCUUAAAUAUACUAAUUCCAUCUAAAGACUCAGAGUAUGUAUGGAACCUGUGCAUAUUGUGCGUUAUUGGGUGUUUUCUAAUUUGCAGGAUGGUGAAAGAACCAGAUGGGAAAAUACAGUCCGCAAAGUGGUGUUUAACCUGGACUCGCCCAACUUAGGUUGCAUUGAGGUUGUUGAAAUUUAACUAACUCCAGUUUAUAUUGUACAGGUGCAAUUAGGACUUUGAAAGAAAAAAAAGCGGGGACCGG